AUGGCGUCUGCUGCGUCAUGUAGCGAAAUAGAACUUACCGAGUACAUGGGUAUGAAAGCUGUGUAUGAGCUUCUGAAUAAGAAGUAUAGAGUUAACCACCGGGAAUUGGAGAAAAACAGUGCCAAUUUAAACCGCAUUAUUGAUAAAUUUGGCGACGUCAACACAUCUGAGGAGGCUGCUGAAUUCAUUGGGCGUGUUAUAACUGCCGUCCGAGGCUCAAAACGAAAGGCUGAUGAAAUAUUUAACGAAGAAAUGGAGCUUGUUGCCUCCUGCAAGCGUAGAAUCGAUAAUCUUAAAGAAGCUUCUGACUUUGAGGGAAAAUUCUCCUCAAACCUCCGUGGCCUAGACAAUACAUUGCUUGCUACCGAUCAGGUGGAAAGUUUUAUUGCUGAACCCGGGAAUAAAUCAUCAUGUCAUACAAAAGUCACUGCUUCACCACAAGCCCACUCUGAACAGCGAAUUUUUGCGUCGCGAUGCAAUCGUCUCUUGGCCGAGCAUCUCUUCGCCGUGGGCCAUUAUAGUUCGGCCCUAGCCUUGGCUCGUCAGUGUCCCGAUGCGGACAAAAUUUUCAUAGAUAUUUUUCAAGAGGCCCUUACCAUCCAGGAGGCCCUAUCUAGAGGCGAUACAGAGCCUGCGCAUAAGUGGUUCCAAGAGGCCAAGUUCAGGUUGAAACACGCUGAGUGUACCUUCGAUUUUGACUUACGUGUCUUCGAGUUUUAUCUCCUCGUCAAGGCAAACAAAAGGUUGGAGGCCGUACAGCAUUCGCGCAAAUAUUUAGGUAAUUUCCAGCAAGACGAUGACUACAAAACCCGGCGUUUGGGUCAGGCGAUGCUGCUCCUUAUUAUGCGCACGUCCGAAGAAGUCGACGCAAAAGCUGCACAAAAUGAGCUCAAUGAGGCAUGGAUUAUCAAGCGUUUUCACCUGGCUCUGAUGAACUUUUACUCUUUCACUUCACCCACGCCUUUCUCGUUGGCGGUUCGCGCAGGCAUUACCGCCAUCAAGACUCACUUUUGCUACAACUCGAAGUCGCGUCACCCGGAUUGCGUGGUCUGCCAUCCACUCAUUAAUCGCUUCGCACAAAAUCUUCUCUUCGGACGCCACGACCACUCUGUUCUCACGUGCUAUCAAACAGGCCUUGUCAUGAAUGAUGACAACCCACCCAUGGCGCUGCCGAACGGUUACGUUUACAGUCAACAGGGAAUAGCAGACUUGACGGGCCCGGACGGCAAGCUGACAUGCCCCAGGUCGGGCGAGACAUUUGACGCAAGCGAAGCAAAACGUGUUUACAUACUUUAA